CAGGCAAAUCAUGUGCAAGGAGCAGAAUUCCAAAAUUUACGACUCCACAGACCACCCUAUCCACAGUAAGUACAAUUAUUAUAAGUAGCAAGCACUACCAACCAUCCUGUUGCUUUCAAUAAUCCUCAACCAAAAUGUAAAAUUGUAACCUCGUUGACAUGCCAAACAUUUCUUCAAAUCAAAGCUCAGUGUCUAAUCUUGAUUCUUGAAAACUUUACCCAUCUCAAUCUCAUCAAUAAAUCCAUUUAAUUCAUCAAAAAUCGCAAUGGCAGACUAUAUCUUCUCCUUCUUUUUUCUAUCUUUACUUCUUAUUUCUUCAACUAAUCAUGUUAAAUCCGAUGAAGAAGGCUACAUCUCAGUGGACAUAUCAAAUAAGGGUCUUGAUUUUGCGAAGGAUUUUCUAGUACAAAUGGCUGAGUCUUCACUAGUUCCCCUUGACCUGCCUAAAAUUGAGAAAUCAAAGCAUAUUCCUUUUAUUGGUACAGUUCAUAUGGGUCUUUCUAAUAUCACUGUCGAUAAAAUCCAUGUAAUUUCGUCCACUGUUAAAGCUGGUGAUACGGGUAUAGUUAUUAGUGUUUCUGGUGCCACCGCUAAUAUGACCAUGAAUUGGGAAUAUUCUUAUACCAAUUGGUGGCUUCCUAUUCCUAUUACAGAUAAUGGGGAAGCUUCUAUUCAGGUUGAAGGUAUGGACGUCGGAAUUUCUUUCAAUCUGACGAAUAACCAAGGAUCGCUUAUGCUUUCUCCCUUGGAUUGUGGAUGUUCAGUGAAAGAUAUAUUUAUAAAGUUGGAUGGUGGAGCAUCCUGGCUAUAUCAAGGGUUGCUGGACGCUUUUGAAGUUAGAUUAACUUCUGCUGUAGAAAAUGCUAUUUCAAAGAAAUUGAGAGAAGGGAUUGUGAAGCUUGAUUCUUUGUUGCAGUCCCUACCAAAGGAAAUUCCAAUAAGAAAUAUUGGUGCUUUAAAUGUCACCUUUGUUGGCAACCCACAAUUGCGAGACACUUCUCUUACUCUUUCAAUUGAUGGGUUAAUUAGUGCCAAGGAUGCCUAUGCGGCAUUUCGUUACCAUCAUCUGGAACACUUAUUAGCGUCUCUAGAAUACUUAUUAGCGUCAGUUCCUGUGAAGGAUCCGGCAAGCAUGGUUACCAUUUCCUUGCAUGAAAAAGUUUUAGUGUCCGCAUCAUCUGUUUACUAUAACGCCAACAAAAUGCAUUGGAUUGUUGACAAAGUACCUGAACAAUCCUUGUUAAACACUGCUGGAUGGAGGUUCAUUAUCCCGCAACUUUACAGGCAAUAUCCAGAUGCUGACAUGAAUCUGAAUGUUACCAUAUUUUCUCCACCCAGUCUGAAAAUUAAAGAACACCAGAUUGAUGUGACGGUUCAUGCAGAUGUCGUGAUUAAUGUUUUGAAUUCGGGUGAAGUGACACCGGUUGCAUGCUUUUCAACGGCAGUCAGUGGUUCAGCUUCUCCAUGGAUUACCAACAAUAAUCUUGGUGGAAAUAUUCAAUUAGAUGAAUUCUCUUUAUCUUUAAGAUGGAGUAAAAUUGGCAAUUUGCACGUGAAUCUAGUCCGGGUACUGAUGUCAACUGCACUGCGGACUGUGAUACUGCCAUACAUAAAUUUAAAACUUAGUAGAGGAUAUCCACUGCCCAUAUUUCAUGGCUACACGCUUCAAAAUGCUAAAAUCCUGUGUAGUGAUUCAUGGAUUAAGAUUUGCAGUGAUGUUGGACCAGUCCAACAAUUAAAGUAUAAGUUAGUUCCUACUUCCUCCCACUGUAUCAGACCUUGUAUUGAUAGACAGAUGUAAACUAGGUGUAGGAUGUGCUUUCUUUUGUUUCUUGUUUGUAAUUGCUAUAUAUAUGCAUGUUGCACAUAUAGCUAUUGUAAAUCCUUCUCUCGGUUAUAAAAUAACGAUUGUAAAGUAAGUAAACUGAAGAGAAGUAGAGAGAGAGGUUGAUAUAUUUAUUCAACUUUCAAACUGAUGUACAUAAUGAACUGAAAACUCCUCUAUUUAUAGAAGAAAGGAAGCAAGGCUUUUCUUGAGCUGCAUGUAAGCUGUCUGCAUGAGCUGCUUGCAACCUGCCUGUUUAAUGAGAA